CAAACAAAUACUAUUAAUAUCAGGUACGCGCCAAAAGGGGACUCCUCAAAUUAUUUGUUCGGUAAUUGUCCUCCAAACCACCCGAAAAAAGUAUCUCAUCCCAAUAUUGACCUUUAUUUUUCAUCUUUACACACAGGGAUAAAUGAAAAAUUUUCAGAGAUACAGUUGAUUUUUCCCCCAACUAUUUCUUUCAAAUUAUUAUAUAUGUAUUUUUUUUUCUGUUUUCCAUUUAUGUACAUGCAAUCAACUUUUUAUCCUUUAACCUGUGAAUUGGUAGAUAUUAAACGAGGGAAUCUGUACCAUAUGUCAAUGUUGAGUCCCAAUUCAUUACAGAAACUCCAAUAAUUGCUUUGUUUGAACAUGUCAAAACUCUUAUUUUUAUUUUUCGUUUGAUAUAUAAUCAUAAGUUGGCAAUUGAUGGAUGAAUUUAGUUUUCCGUGGUGACAUUUGCGAACAAUUAAGGAUCAAAGAAGAUGAAUUAUUUACAAUUGUAGAGCUUUCUUCUGAUUCUGUGGGAUAUUCCCUUUCCUCAAAAUGUCCAUUCAUCAUCAGGGAAAUGUUGACAGCAAUAAUGUUUCAGGUUCUUGCCUCUACGAACUUUUGCAAAUGGAAUCAUCUGCAAAUUAUAGUGGUCUUCUACCAGAAAGACGAAAUCAUUCUUCAAGUCCUCGACAUAGACUACAGAGGUUGUUGAGUGAAUCUGGCAAUACAUUCUGUGCAGAUUGUGGAUCUCCAGAUCCAAAAUGGGUAUCUUUAAGUCUUGGAGUUUUUAUAUGUAUCAAGUGCUCCGGAGUACAUCGAAGCCUUGGAGUGCACAUAUCAAAGGUUUUAUCAGUGAAGCUCGACGAGUGGACAAACGACCAGGUUGAUGGUAUGAUAGAGAUGGGUGGAAAUACUGUAGCAAAUACGAAGUACGAGGCUGCCAUUCCUGAUAGUUACAGGAAGCCCAGACCUGAGUCAUCUAUAGAAGAGCGUACUGACUUUAUCAGGAGAAAAUAUGAGCUGCAGCAAUUUCUAAACUCUGAUGUACAGAUGAUCUGCCCCUUCCCACCAUCAUCAUCCUCACACUGCAAUUCUUUAAGCCUUUCUUGUAGUUUGGCCCUGGAUAAAAGGCAUUGUGAUAAGCAAUCCACUGGGCAUCGCAUCCAUGGGAUAGGGCAUGCAUUUCGCAAUAGCUGGAGAAGAAAAGAAUCUGAACACAGGAGCACCAAGAAAAGUAACUCAAUGGCAGGUAUGGUUGAGUUUAUAGGAUUGAUAAAAGUCAAUGUUGUGAGAGGGACCAACCUAGCUGUCCGUGAUGUGGUAACAAGUGAUCCUUACGUAAUUCUCUCCUUGGGAAGCCAGCAUCCUCACUGGAAAAGCAGGGGCUGAUGGUUUACUUGGAACUUCCCUCUCCUACACAUGUGGAUGACACCUAUAGCAUUAAAACCUCAUACUAAACCCAGCUCUGAACUUCUUUUGGUUGCAGUCAGUCAAGACACGUGUUAUAAAGAACAAUCUUAACCCAGUCUGGAAUGAAAAGCUUAUGUUGUCAAUUCCAGAAAAUGUUCCUUCUUUAAAAGUGGUAUGCUUUUUUUUGGUCAUUUGAUUAGCUAUAGUGUGAUGAGGGACAGGUAUAUGAGCAUACAAGAAAAUGUAGCAUUAAAGGAACUUGAGAUAAGCUGCAAUUGUUGGCCCAAUGGCCAUGAAUUUUAUGCACAGUUUGUCUAAAUAACAUUAUUUGCAUGUGUGAGAGAAUUGUUCAGGCAACCCUAAUGAGCUUAGUGUGGUUUCACAGCUUGUCUAUGACAAGGAUACAUUUACAACAGACGACUUCAUGGGGGAAGCUGAGAUUGAUAUCCAGCCCCUCGUUACCGCAGCAAAAGCAUCUGAAAAUUCAACAUUUUCUGAAUCAAUGCCGCUUGGGAAAUGGAAAGCAAGCAAAGACAACACUCUAGUUAAAGAUGGCAUUAUCAGUCUAAUGGAUGGAAAGGUGAAACAGGAGAUCACCGUGAAGCUUCAGAAUGUUGAAAGAGGAGUACUUGAGAUUGAGCUUGAAUGUGUUCCUCUCACACAAUAGCAGGUGCAAGGAAAGGAAUCAAACUAAAAGCAUAUACAGCAGUGAUAUUUAACAUGGUUAAUCCUUGGCAGCUAUGUAUGAGGACCCUCCAUCUUAGCCAAAGUGAAGCUUUCGGUUGCAUUUGAGUUGGUCAAGUGCUUUAAACAUAGACACAUAGAAGAAGGAAACGGAAUAUGCAGGCAAAGUUUUCUAGACUUAGUUACCAUUGCCAGAAUUUCUGGACUGGAUUAAUCGCAAAAAGUGAAUUCUGCUUGUUAGAUGACACUCGUAACAUGUGGCUGAAAUGGUGAAUGGGUCGACCUGUUGAAUGGAAAAGUGUAGGCUGGUAGAAAGGCAGGAAAUCCAGUAUCACACCAUUAUUCAACUUUUGCGUCAUAUUAGCCUUUUGAUAUUGCUAGGGCAAGAUCACUUUUUAAUGAACUGUAUGAUGCGGUUGAUACCUGUUCUAACCAAAAUAACCAUUUGUCUGGCUUUAUUAUGCUUUUCAGAUUA